AUGCUGCUCUCCAGACAGGGCUCCUGGCUUGGGCUGUGCGGGGGAAGCGGUGCCGGGGUGUCCCGAGAGCAGGAGGCAGGCGAGGGCUCCGUCCUGCGGCUCCCAAAGGUCUCCGUGCCAAGAAGAAACCAUCCGUGGAGGACUCAAAAGCACAGGCAGAUCAUUGGGAUCACUGGGGACAUUGGGAUCAUUGGGAUCGUUGACAUCGUUGUGAUCAUUGGGAUCAUUGAGAUCAUUGGGAUCGUUGAGAUCAUUGGGAUCACUGAGAUAAUGGAGAUCGUUGAGAUCAUUGUGAUCACUGAGAUCAUUAGGAUCAUUGCUAUCAGGGAGAUCAUUGGGAUCACUGGGAUCAUGCAUCAAGCUCAAGAAGCCCCUGACCUGCGGAUGGCUGCAGGGACCCCCAGCAGUGCCCGGGGUGCUGCCAUGCCCCUGCCCUGGUGGCUCGUCCUCCUGGCCAGCCUCAUCCCACCAGCCCUCGGCUCGUGGGGGGUCACCUACCCCGAAUCUGUGCGGGGCGUCAGGGGGUCCUGCGUGGUGGUUCCUUGCACCCUGAGCUACCCCACCGACGUGACGGCCAGCGACGGCAUCGUGGCCAUCUGGUACAAGGAUUACGACGCCCAGAAGACGGUGGUGUACCACUCAGCAGCCCAGGAGGUGGAUGCUCGCUUCAAGGACCGUGCCCAGCUCCUGGGGGACCCCGCCGCUCGCAACUGCACCCUGCUGCUGCUGGGGGUGACGCCAGAGGACAGUGGGCCCUACAGGUUCCGCUUCGAGAUCAUCAACGGCGACCGGUGGUCGGCGGCGCGGGAUGUGAUGCUGAGCAUUUCGGAGCUCGAGCACCCGAGGACUGCCACCAGCGAAGAGCAAACCGAGGGGCAAACGUCCACCUUGGAGUGUUCCACACCCUACGUCUGCCCGCUGGGUGACGUCGCCCUGCGCUGGGAGGGCUACGACCCCCAGGUCUCGACAGUCUCCAGUCGGGUCCAGCUGGACACCAGCGGGGUCGGCCACCACCUGACCCUCACCACCUCCUUCUCCUGGAAGGACCACUCCAAAAAGUUGCUCUGUGAAGUUUCUUACGGCUCGAGGAAGGCGACCGGAGAGGUCAUCCUCCGGGUGAGACACGCCCCUAAGGACACCCACGUGUCGGUCAGCCCCUCCACACAGAACAUCCGCGUGGGUGACACUGCCUCCCUCACCUGCGAGCUGAGCAGCAGCUACCCUCCCAUCUCGGCGUACCGCUGGUACAAGGAUGGGGUGGCGGUGGGCAGCGAGCAGAUGCUGACCCUCCGGGGGGUUCGCCGUGAGGAUUACGGGCAGUACCGCUGUGAAGCCGAGAACGCCAUCGGGGCUGGCGUGGCGCCUGCCAUGAUGCUCUACAUCUUCUCUGCAGAGAUCUCGGUGAGCCCCGCAGCCGAGGUGCGGGAGGGGACGGCCACCACCUUGUCCUGCGACGUCCCCGGCAGGGAGGGCCAGGACCUCAACUACACCUGGUACAAGAACAGUGCCUGGCUCAAGGAGGGCACGGUGCACACCCUGCUCUUCCACCACGUGGCCGCCAGUGACGCUGGCUAUUACUCCUGCAAGGUGACCAACGACCGGGGCAGCGACACAUCCCAGGCCAUCACCCUGAGUGUGACAUACCCCCCCCGGACCCCCACCAUCACAAUCUUCCAGGAGACGCAGGGCGGCAGGCUGGCCAUCGUCCGCUGCACCGUGGACAGCCACCCGCCGGCCGCCGUGGCCCUUUACCGCGACGGCACCUUGCUGGCGGCCAGUGGGUUGCAGGCAGCCCCGCAGCAGCGGUUCGGCGUCACUGCAUCCCGCAACGCCCUGCGGCUGGAGAUCCGUGGCGUGGGGCCCCAGGACAGCGGGGAGUACCGCUGCACGGCCAGCAAUGCCUACGGCAAAGCCAGCAACGCCAAGCAAUUUGUCGCCCGUGCUACAGAGGUCCUGAUCCAGCCCUCAGCAGAGGUGCGGGAAGGGGCAGCCGUCACCGUGACCUGCCUGGGGGCUUGGGGCAUGGCAGAGGAGACCCUCUACACCUGGUAUAGGAACAGCAAGUGGCUGCAGGAGAGCUCGACCCCGACGCUGCGCUUCCCCUUUGUCCGUGGCGAGGAUGCAGGCACUUUCCAGUGCAGGAUCCGCAGCAGCAACGGCAGCGACAUGUCGGCGGCUGUCCCGCUCCGUGUGCUCUUCCCACCAAGGCAACCGGUGAUGAGCUCCUUCGUGGAGACCCAGGGCGGGCGCCUGGGCAUCAUCCAGUGCACCGUUGAGAGUGACCCAGAGGCCAACCUGACCCUAUGGAGAGGAGAAGAAGCGAUAGCCUGCACAUGGGGCUGCCCCCCAACCCCCAACCCCAGGGUCCACACCACCUUGUCCUACAACAGCCUGAAGGUGGAGAUCCAGGAGGUGGUGAUGGAGGAUGAGGGGACCUACGUGUGCUGGGCUGGGAACCUGCAGGGCAAUGCCAGCGCGGCCGUGGACUUCAGGGCUGAGAGGAUGCUGAGCAAAACGCUGCUGAGGGAGUUCCCACGAACCCCCUCCUGCCAGUACAUCAUCCCUGGGCUGAGGGGGUUGUUCACCCCUAACGCUGCCGAGGAGGUGCUUGCUGUCCUGGCUGAGUUCACGGUGCAGCCUAUUUGCCUCCUGCCUCUGCCCCUGCCCGUAGCUGCCAGCAUCGCCGUGGCUCCGUCCUCCCACGUGCUGGAAGGCCACGCCGCCAACCUGACCUGCCGGCUGAGCAGUGACUCCCCGGCUCUGCCCAACUUCACCUGGUACCGAAACGGGCAGCGGCUCACCGAGGGCUCGGCCGCCUCCCUGGUGUUUCGGCAAGUGGCCAGCACGGACGCGGGUCUCUACCGCUGCACAGCCACCACCGACGGCAGCAGCCGGAGCUCCCCCGCCGUCUCCCUGGAUGUGCUGUCUUAUGUCUAUGCAAGCGUGCCCAGCUCUGAUCACACACGCAUGGCUGUGCCCGGGGCCUGGACAGAGCUGAUGAGAGUGCACGUGUGGAUCUUUGAGUACAUAUACCCCCCCCGGGACCCCCACCUGACGGCAUUCCUGGAGACGGAGAGAGGCCGCCUGGCCAUCUUCCAGUGCUCGGUGGCGAGCAACCCUCCCUCCCGGCUGGCCCUUCACAGGGGCGAGGAGCUGGUGGCCACCAGCGACGCGGGGACCAGCCCCAGCCCGCGGGUCAGCAGCUCGGCAGCCCCCAACUCCCUCAGGGUGGAGGUCCGGGAGGUGACGCCGGCGGAUGAAGGCAGCUACCGCUGCACCGCCACCAACGCGCAUGGCACCGCGGCCCGCCGCCUGUAUUUCCGCGUGCAGACUGCCCGAGUCCUCGUCUUGCCGUCUGCGGAGGUGCGGGAAGGAGAUGACGUCUCCCUGACGUGCCAAGUGGCAGGAGAGCUGCAGGACGACAUGGUCUACGCCUGGUACAAGAACAGCAAAUGGGUCCAGGAGAGCCCCGAAAACAUCCUUACACUGCCCCGCAUUGCCAGUGCUGCCGCCGGCUCCUACCACUGCCGAGCCCGCAGCCCCUCGGGGACCAGCAUCUCCCCGGCUGUUGCCCUGCACGUCUCCUAUCCUCCACGGGAGCCAGUGCUGACGUCCUUCCUGGAGACCCCCGAGGGGCAGCGGGGUGUCCUGCAGUGCACAGUGGACAGCAUCCCACAGGCAGAGCUGGCUCUCUUCAAGGACCAGGCGCUGGUGGCCUCCACAGCGCUGCCGCAGCCCGCCGCCCUGCCACGGCUCAGCGUCACCUUGGCCUUCAACACGCUGCGGGUCAGCAUUGGCCCCGUGCUGCUGGAGGACGAGGGGGAGUACGUGUGCUCCGCCAGCAACACCUACGGCAACGCCAGCACCUCGGCGAACUUCACGGCAGGCACUGCCAGAGUCUGGAUCUCCCCCUCCCCAGACAUCCAAGAAGGCAACGCCGUCAACCUGACCUGCGCGGUCGAAAGUGGCGGCAGGGAAGCGCUGAGCUACACCUGGUACAAGAACAAGGUUUGGUUCAGCAGCGGCUCGGCCCCGGUCCUCACCUUCCCCAGCGUGGCUGCCACCGAUGCCGCCUCCUACCACUGCGCGGUGCAGACCCCGGCACAGACCCGCAGCUCUGCCCCCACCACCCUCAACGUCCUCUACCCCCCCAGGAACCUGCAGAUGAAGGCCUUCAUGGAGAGCGGCGAGGGGAUGGCAGUCAUCCUCCUCUGUGCCGUGGAGAGCAAUCCCCUGUCCGAGAUCACCCUGCUCAAGGGGGGGCAGCCGGUGGCCUCCAGCCCCCCCGCGGGAGGUGACCACCCUGGGCAGAGCGGCCACGUCUCCCCGGCUCCCAACGCGCUGAGGCUGGAGCUCCGGGAGGCUUCUGAGGAGGAUGAGGGCGAGUACGAGUGCCAAGCACGCAGCCCCCUCGGCAGCGCCCGCGCGUCCCUGCCCCUCCGUGUGCAGGCCGUCAGGGUGGUGGUGAGACCCUCUGCCGAGGUACCCGAGGGGACCGACGUGACGCUGACCUGCCGGGACGCGGGUGCCCACCCGGGGACCCUCUACAGCUGGUACAAGAACGGGCGGUGGCUGGCGGAGGGGCUCGACGCCUCGCUCGUCCUCCCCGCUGCCCGGCCCACGGAUGCGGGUGCCUACGCCUGCCAGGGGACCCAGGGCAGCCCGGCGGGGAUGUCGCUGUCGCCGCCGCCGCGGCGCGGUUGGGAGGACGGUCUAUGUCGCCACCUGGUGACAUCCCGCGACAGGCCGGCGACAGUCCGCGGCCCCCUGGACCGGGAUGCACCCCAGGAGCCAUCCUUCAUCUCCUUGGUGGAGCCCCGGGGGGGGCGGCAGGCCGUCCUGCUCUGCACCGUGGACAGCUUCCCACCCUCCGGCAUCGCCCUGCGCCGGGGUCCCGGCCUCGCACCCCUGGUCUCCACGUGGGGCCCGGCCGAGCCGCGCUUCGCUGUCCAGGUGGCCCCCAACUCCCUGCGGGUGGAGAUGGGGGGGCUGGAGCUGCGGGACACGGGGCUUUACAUCUGCUCGGCCAACAACAGCUACGGCACCGCAUCCUCGUCCCUGCACCUGGACGUGGGAGGCGUCACGGUCACGGUUGAGCCCUCGCCAGAAGUCCCCGAAGGCACCACAGCCACCAUGACCUGCUCGGGCGUCCCUUGGGUGGGCGAAGAGGCCAACUACACCUGGUACAAGAACAGCCGGUGGCUGCGGGAGGGACCGGCCGGUUCCCUCAUCCUCACCCACGUCUCCAGCACUGACACCGGCUCCUACCGCUGCCGGGCGAGCGGGACACGGGGCAGUGCCACCUCGGCCCCACUCAGCCUCAGCGUGCUCUACCCCCCCCGGGACGUCUCUGUCAGCACCUUCCUGGAGAACCGCAACGGGCAAGUGGGCAUCGUGCUGUGCACGGCCGACAGCCACCCGGCCUCCACCAUCACCCUGUACCGCCGCGGCCGGCUCCUGGCCUCCAGCCUGGCCCCAGCCACCGCGCCAGGGGUCCACGCGUCCCCCUCCCACAACACCCUCCGGGUGGAUCUCGGGGCCGUGGGGCCGGAGGACUCGGGGGAGUACACCUGCAUGGCCGGCAACCCCAUGGGCAACGCCACGGCCGGUGCCUACUUCAACGUGCACACUCUCACCCACCUCCUGGCCUUCACUGUGCUGGCCGGACUGCUCAUAGCCGUGAUCUGCGUGGCUGCCCUGGCCCUCCUGGCUGUGAAGCUGUGGCCCAGGGUUUACCCCUACACCCAAACCGUUGGCAGCCAAAUCUCCCAACUCCGAGUGGACAUCCUCCCCAGCCUGCCCUGA